AUGGCCCACGCUUGGGUCCCCGGGCUCGCGCCCACCCUGCUGCUCGGCCUGCUGGCCGGCCCCCAACAGGUUGCAGCCAAAUGUGGUCUCUUCUUCACUUGCCCCCAAGGAUUCAAAUGCUGUGGUGACAGCUGCUGCCAGGAGCCCGAGUUGAUGAUCUCUGGCCCCCUGAGGAUCUUCAUUAUCAUCUUCCUGGUCGUCCUGCCCCUCCUGUGUAUCUGUGGCCUGGCUAGGCGCUUCUGUCGCAGCUGCAGAGAGCCAGAGCCGAGCAACCCGGUGGACCGCCAGGGGCCUCCAGAGCUGCCCUCCGUGGCACCCCCAGAGAGGGUCGGGGUGCCCAUCCCUGAGCCCCCACCCCCCUACAGCGAGGUUGUCCUGAAGCCCACCCUGGGCCUGACCCCCUCGGAGCCGCCCCCCCCCUACAGUCUUAGGCCUGACGAGUACUUGGGGGCUCAGAGGGGCAUUGAUACCCCUGCCUUCUGA